AUGGCGCCGAUUCACAGCUCUCGCCGCCUCGACGGCACAGUGCUUGCGCUUCUGCUCGUGCUCGUGGCCGCCUCCGCCUUUGUCAUCAGCGCUGCCGCGGCGCGAGGGGACGCGCUGGCCGCCCGGCACGAGCGGUGGAUGGCCAAGUUCGGGCGCGAGUACACGAACGCUGCCGAGAAAUUACGCCGGCAGGAGGUGUUCGCGGCCAACGCGCGGCACGUGGACGCUGUCAAUCGGGCGGGCAACCGGACAUACACGCUCGGCCUCAAUCAGUUCUCCGACCUCACCAGCGAAGAGUUCGCGGAGAAGCACCUCGGGUACCGCCACCAGCACGCCGUGGACAGCACGCCGGUGGCCGUGGUCAACAUGUCCAAGGCUCAGUUCGAGUCCACGCCGGACAGCGUGGACUGGAGGGCCGCGGGUGCCGUCACCCAAGUCAAGAACCAAGGCUCAUGCGGUUGUUGCUGGGCGUUCGCGGCGGUAGCGGCGACGGAGGGGCUCGUAAAGAUCGCCACUGGCAACCUCAUCUCCAUGUCAGAGCAGCAGGUGCUGGACUGCACGGGCGGCGCCAACUCCUGCAAUGGCGGCGACAUCAACGCCGCCCUAAGCUACGUCGCCUCGAGCGGCGGCCUUCAGCCCGAGGAAGCCUACGCGUAUACCGGUCAGCAGGGCGCGUGCCGCAGCAGCAGCGUCAGCCCAAACUCGGUCGCCUCCGUCGGCGGCGCCCCCCGAAUGGUGGAGCUGCACGGCGACGAGGGCGCCUUGCAGGAGCUCGCGGCCAGACAGCCGGUGGCCGUGCCCGUGGAGGCUGACAGUGACUUCCAGCACUAUAUGAGGGGCGUGUACACCGGCAGCUCGUCGUGUGGACAGAACCUGAACCACGGCGUGACGGUGGUGGGCUACGGAACGGACAGCUGCAGGCAGGCGUACUGGCUGGUGAAGAACCAGUGGGGGACGGGGUGGGCUACACUGUGGUGUAUAUGUGGAUUUGGAAUCUUUUUGGAAAAGAAGUGGGUUUUGAAUAAUGAUCGAACAUUAAACGCAUGCAUGGAUCUUCAUACAAACGAUGCAUUCGCCUACGUAAUAGUAUGA